AUGACUGAUCGAACAUUUAAGCAGAAUUCUCCAUCUUUCACGUUACGCAGCGAGUCCCCUAUGGCCCGGGACUCGUUGGAUUUGGGACAAACCGGUAACGCUUUAACUUCAGUUGUUCCGGAACCGAUCUACGUAUCACGAGAACAGUCCAGCGGGAUACCGACAAAAACUGGAUUCAGUGCAUUGCAAUACACGCUGACAAGUCUGAAUGUAUUUCAGCAACUUCCCAGAAACUCUGCUCAUGGUGUAGAUGAUUUAACACGUAUGAAAAUGGCUUUGAUGAGUGGGAUUCCGAGUGAGGUCAACUGGGCGUUGAGGAAAUACCUUUCAUACAGCAAUAAAGCUCCAUACAUGAUCAGUUUGAAGUCAAAUAGAUACCUGCUUCCUCUUUUCACGAAAAUUUUGGUGAGAACAAGACCGUUACUCAAAAAACUAGAUAUGCCUUUAAAUCCAGAAACCGACGUUCCUGUUUUCCAGCAAUGCCUCAAUUCCGUCCUCAUUCUUAGAAAUCUUGCUCAAGAUGCUGAGUCUACGCAGGUUUUGGCACUGGAUUCUGUUGUGAAAGAUUUCAUCCUAGCCGUUUUACAAAUGGCUAACGCGAUAAAGGAAAAUGAUUUUUUGGUGUACGCGCAUAAUUCACAGUUCUUCAACGAACUUACCCAUUACGUGAUUGAUCUCAUGGAAGCAAUAUCCUCUUAUAUUGCCCCCGCCAGAAAAGACGAUCCAUUUUUUCAAAACAUGGUUUCCACUUUAACCGAUACGAAGGACCGCUACAUGGUCAUCUCGAUCCUACGGUCUGUAUCGAGGCUUUUAGUCAGGUCCAAAGCUGAUGAGGAAAGUGCGGCUGAUAAUCUUCACGAUAAUAUUCUCGACCAGAUCGUUUCGUACCUCGUGGUGGCCAACGACAGUGAACUGGUCAUGGCGUCACUGGAUUUCUUAUACCAAUACGUGCUUCCAGGAAACGAAAGAAUUACAACUCUGCUACAAAGUGAACACAGAUUUGCUAUCCUAUCGGCUGUAUUACCAAAGCUGCUAACAUAUGGGGUGCCGCUACCAGAUUAUGCACAGUAUAAUAAGAUUGAAGUGAGGCUAAAGCCACGGGUAAGGCCUCCAGCUCCGACCGAGCCUCCCAAACUAGAAAAAAGAUUGUUUUAUGAAAUUCUCGAGCUUAAUGAACCUAUGAGGUCAACAGCAUGGUUGAGAUGUUGUUUCGAGCCAGUCCAGGAGUCGGAGGUGACUCAAAUUAGCUUAUGGAGGGGCUAUGAAUCAGAAUUCUCGCAAGCGGUAAGAGAUUCGGGAAGGAAGCUUUUACCAGCUGUCGAGUUCAUCAAGAAUGUGUCGAACACCUUCGAACACGCAUCUGCAAUGGUUAUUACAGAUGAGACUACAGGAAAAAAGAGAUUUGUGAUCAAGGGUAUUCAACCGAGGCCAUUCGCCGUAUCUAUCGCUGCUGGCGAUGCUGCUGCCAACUCAUCAGGCAACCGCAUAGCUUUGCCGAUAAGAGACGAAAAUGGAAUAAUAAGAGAAGCAUCUCAGACCGCUUUGCCGAUCGUGAAAUUUCCUUCUAAUCUAUCAGACGUUGCAAAGGCAAGCACGACUUUUCUUUGCUUGAUUUCCAACGACAAUAAGGGUGUCGGCUUCUCUUUCUGUAAAACAGUUAAGCCCAUUAUAAUGCAUCUAUUGGCGGAUGUGCCACCGCUCAACUCGGUUUUGGCGGAGUACAUGGACAAUAUUCCUACUGUUUAA